UGGCUCAAGACAAUUCUUCUUCUAUUGUAGCCCAAGGAAACCAAAAGAUUGGACACCCCUGAUGUAGAAGGCUUCAAUGAGAAAUCAUAGUGCGAUGGUCUUUUUGUUGUGACUUCUCAGGAUACUUUGAGUUAAAAGGUUAUAAAACUAUACAGACAGUAGCUGCCUUUGGAAAAAAAAAAGUUUAUGUAUGCAUUAAAAAAAAAACACUAGAAAAAUAUAUAAAAUGUGAAAGUAUUUAUCUCUGGCUAGUAGGAUGACUCAUGAUUUUUGUUCUUAAAAUAUUUUUGAAUGUUCUAACUUUCUGCCAUGGAUUUACUUUUAUGAUCAGAAAUAAUAUUUGUAAAAUAUUAUAAAAAAUAAAAAAGUCUGAUAUUUGGUGCUGGAUGAAACACUAGAAAUCCUGCAGGCACUUCUUCUAUUUGUUGUAGUAAAGUGUGCUUUUAUUACUUUUAAGUUUUCAGGAAAAUCCUUUUAACCUGAUGCACAAGACAAAGGCAAACACGAUUGCUGUCUUUCACAAGAAAUGGAGGAUAAAAUGUACUAUUCCAAAGGAUUUCCUCCCAAACUGAUGGGCUGAGAUGUAGAGCAGUGUGCCUUCUAACUGGAGAGCUGCUUGAGGGUUUGGAGAUGAAAUUUUCUGUCUAUUGGUUCACAGAACUGGCUGCUUCCAGACAGUCACUUUUUUUGGUUGAGCUCCACAAACUUCGUUCUUUUAGCUGAGUAUUACGUAGUUUUUCCAGCAUUGCUUUCUUUCCCUCAUUACAUCUAGGAAAACAGUUUGGAGAUGAGCUACUGGAGUUAAAAAAAUCUAUUUGGUUUUAUUUGUCAAUUAAAAAACUAUUUGGUGUGUGCUAGGUUUAUUUUUGUGAGUGGGGAAUGGCAUAUGACUGUAUAUUACAGACAUGGGUGGGGGGGUUUCCUACAGACUGUGAAUGGGGAAAGUUUGAGUCACUCUGUUGUGGUAUUGUGUUAUAGUAUUUUCUUGCUUUCUUUUCACUUUGAGUAUAUGUGGACAUAUUUUUGAUUGCCUUUACCUAUUAUGUGCCAACUAUUGCACUAAGUGCUGGGGAUACAGUGGUAAACAAAGGCUGGCCCUUGCCCUCAAAAAGUAUAUAUUCUAAUGGGACAGAUAGGGCAAAAAUAAAUGACAUGCAACAUCACCUACUGUAGUAAGUGGUCAGGAGAAAAUAAAAAAUGUCCUCACACAGAGAUUAAUGCAAGAGGGUGGGUUAGGUCUGGGGAUAGAUAAUCUCAUACAGCACUUUAAAUAUCUGGGCGUGCUUCUCUGAGCAAGUGGUAGAUAAACAGGCUUAAAGGAUGAGAAUUGCUAAGGAGUGGAAAACUUGAGUUUCAGGCAGAGGGAGCAACAUGCCCAGGGAGUCCAGGGCUGGGCCAAAGUGAGUAAGGAGGCAAUGGAAAGAGACAAAGCUGAAAAGUGAGGCAGGGGACAGAUCCUAAAAGGGCUUUUAGGUGACACUAAGAAGUUUUGAUUUUGCUAUAACGGCAUUCAGACAACACUGAAGGGUUCUAAGUAAAUAACAUGACCAGAUUUAAGGAACACCCAAUUUUAUGAGCACUAAGUGUACGAUUAUUUGUAACACUUAGCAGAAUGUGACUGUCAAUGAACCUCUUUUGCAGUAUGCUUUGGUUAUAUCAGUAGUGUGACCAUUAUGUUCUUAGUCACUCUGGAGUAAAGAAGAGUUCUAGUUGGGCAUAAUGGCACGUCUGUAAUCCCAGCUACUCAGGAGGCUGAGGCAGAAGAAUUGCUUUAGCCCAGGGGUUCAAGUCUAGCCUAGGCAACAUAGGAAGACUUUAUCUCUUAAAAAAAGAAGUUAUAAUUUAUCUUACCUCAUCUGAUCCCAAGUGUUAUCUAGCAAGGGGGAAAUAUUUGAAUUAUUUAGAAGAGAAAACUCAGAUGUGAUUUUUUAAAUCUACCAUUUAUUACUUAUAGUUAAUCAGGUACUAUGCUAUACUCUUUUCGUAUAUUAUUUGAAAAUAAUAUGUGAAGAAGAUACUCUUAUUUUCAUUUUAUAGAUAAGCAAACAGAUUUAGUAAUGUGGUCAAAGUUGUAUGGCCUUAAAGUAUGAAGUUGGGAUAUGAGCCUGUUUUGUACAUGAACCUGAAUUCUUUACAACUGUGUUCUACUGCCAAUACUGAUGAUUUGUUUGUCACAUAACACUGAAUUGUAUAGCCAGGAAAAUAAUUAAGGUUUAGAUUUCAAAUCCAUGGCUUUUUGGCCAUAACAUGCCACCUCUUGACAUUGUUGGUUUAAUCUGUUUUUCAUAGCCCCAUGUCAAAAAUAGAAGGGGAUUAGAUACCAUUUUUAGAAUUGUAAUUAAGAGGUCUUAAACUAUAAUCUAAAUAAAGGUUAAGAACGGGUUAGGAGAAUAAGCAUUUUAUCAGUUGAAAAUAAACUUGAAAGGGAUCCUUCAUGUUUUGCUCAGCCAGGGUAAACCUUGACAAUUUUCAGCCAAAGGCCCUAACUAAAUUCUGCCACCUAGGCCAACUCUAGUCCAAUGAUAUUCAAAUAAAUUAAACCAUUUUAAAAACUGAUAUAUCCUCUAGCAAUUUAAUAUAGGUGUAUCAUGGUGGCAUUCAGCUUCAGAUCAUGUGUUGCUGUAGUAUCUUCUGUUUAUAUGACUGCAUUUCUGUUAUGUGUCACUGACACGGCUUGUCUGCUUUCAAGCCUCUUCUGUCACUCCUAUUUACUGGUAACAUACAAGCUUCAAGGAUCAUUUGAUGUGCAAAUUUAAUUGCAGGUUUUACUUUUAAAGGAAGGAUGACAUAAGCUAUAUCAUUUUAACAACUAUUUGCACAGCUUUUUCUAAACUGCUACUCAGAAAACAGGCAUUUUUAUUCUGUGUAUUGUAAAGCUUCCUGACUUGUCAAGGCUGCUUGCUCAGUAAUUAACUUAUAUGUAAGUAUGUAUGUAUGUGUAUAUAUAUGUAUGUUUAUAUAUGUGUAUAUGUACAUAUAUAUGAUGAUGUUUUGCAGUGUUUCAAUAGGUACAUCCUUUGGAAUUAAACUUGGGCAUCUCCCCGGAUUUUUUGGUAUUAAAGUUAGGAGAAGAAGGAUUGGUUUACAGAAGACAAAGCAGAAAGUGGAUCUUAUGAGAAGAAGGAAUGAAGGACCGAUGAGGAAUUGGGGUUGAACAAUACAGGAACUGAAAGUGAAAUUUUGCUUAUACUUCCAAGAUGAAUGGAUUGUGACAUUAUUGAUCGAUUCUGCUUGGUUGUCCUAACAGCUUAUUGUCUGUAGUGGGAAGUCUUCAUGAGCUCAGUUGACCGUAUUUCUGUAUCUGGAAUUCCUAACACACGAGUGAAAGACACAAUGAAUGGUCAUAUUUCUAAUCAUCCCAGUAGUUUUGGAAUGUACCCAUCUCAGAUGAAUGGCUACGGAUCAUCACCUACCUUUUCCCAGAUGGACAGAGAACAUGGUUCAAAAACAAGUGCGAAGGCCCUUUAUGAACAAAGGAAGAAUUAUGCACGGGACAGUGUCAGCAGUGUGUCAGAUAUAUCUCAAUACCGUGUUGAACACUUGACUACGUUUAUCCUGGAUCGGAAAGAUGCUAUGAUCACUGUUGAUGAUGGAAUAAGGAAGUUGAAAUUGCUUGAUGCCAAGGGCAAAGUGUGGACUCAAGAUAUGAUUCUUCAAGUGGAUGACAGAGCUGUGAGCCUAAUUGAUUUAGAAUCAAAGAAUGAACUGGAGAAUUUUCCUUUAAACACAAUCCAGCACUGCCAAGCUGUGAUGCAUUCAUGCAGCUAUGAUUCAGUGCUUGCCCUGGUGUGCAAAGAGCCAACCCAGAACAAGCCAGAUCUUCAUCUUUUCCAGUGUGAUGAGGUUAAGGCAAACCUAAUUAGUGAAGAUAUUGAAAGUGCAAUCAGUGACAGUAAAGGAGGGAAACAGAAGAGGCGGCCUGAUGCCCUGAGGAUGAUUUCCAACGCAGACCCUGGUAUACCGCCUCCACCCAGAGCUCCUGCCCCUGCGCCCCCUGGGACCGUCACCCAGGUGGAUGUUAGAAGUCGAGUGGCAGCCUGGUCUGCGUGGGCAGCCGACCAAGGGGACUUUGAGAAACCAAGGCAGUAUCAUGAGCAGGAAGAAACGCCUGAGAUGAUGGCAGCCCGCAUUGACAGAGAUGUGCAAAUCUUAAACCACAUUUUGGAUGACAUUGAAUUUUUUAUCACGAAACUCCAAAAAGCAGCAGAAGCAUUUUCUGAACUUUCUAAAAGGAAGAAAAAUAAGAAAGGUAAAAAGAAAGGACCAGGAGAGGGUGUUUUAACGCUGCGGGCAAAACCUCCACCUCCUGAUGAAUUUCUUGACUGUUUCCAGAAGUUUAAACAUGGAUUUAACCUUCUGGCCAAACUGAAGUCUCAUAUUCAGAAUCCUAGUGCUGCAGAUUUGGUUCAUUUUUUGUUUACUCCAUUAAAUAUGGUGGUGCAGGCAACAGGAGGUCCUGAACUAGCCAGUUCAGCACUUAGUCCCCUAUUGACUAAGGACACAAUUGAUUUCUUAAAUUAUACUGUCAAUGGUGAUGAACGGCAGCUGUGGAUAUCUUUGGGAGCAACUUGGAUGAAAGCCAGAGCAGAGUGGCCAAAAGAACAGUUUAUUCCACCAUAUGUUCCACGGUUCCGCAAUGGCUGGGAGCCCCCAAUGCUGAACUUUAUGGGAGCAACAAUGGAACAAGAUCUUUAUCAACUGGCAGAAUCUGUGGCAAAUGUAGCAGAACAUCAGCGCAAACAGGAAAUAAAAAGAUUAUCCACCGAGCAUUCCAGUGUAUCAGAGUAUCAUCCAGCGGAUGGCCAUGCGUUCGGUAGCAACAUUUACGCAAGAGGAUCCCACCUGGACCAAGGGGAAGCUGCUGUUGCUUUUAAGCCAACUUCUAAUCGCCAUAUAGAUAGAAAUUAUGAACCACUCAAAUCACAACCCAAGAAAUAUGCCAAAUCCAAGUAUGACUUUGUAGCAAGGAACAACAGUGAGCUCUCAGUUCUAAAGGAUGAUAUUUUAGAGAUACUUGAUGAUCGGAAGCAAUGGUGGAAAGUUCGAAAUGCAAGUGGAGACUCUGGAUUUGUGCCAAAUAACAUUUUGGAUAUUGUGAGACCUCCAGAAUCUGGAUUGGGGCGUGCUGAUCCACCUUAUACUCAUACUAUACAGCUGUUGAUGCCAAAGAAGGAGUUUGAGUUAUUCAAGAAACAAAGGAUGGAGUAUGGCCCAAGACCAGCUGAUACUCCCCCUGCUCCAUCACCUCCUCCAACACCAGCUCCUGUUCCUGUCCCCCUUCCCCCUUCCACUCCAGCACCUGUUCCUGUGUCAAAGGUCCCAGCAAAUGUAACGCGUCAAAACAGCAGCUCCAGUGACAGUGGUGUCAAUAUCAUGCGAGACAGCCAGAGACACAAACAACUUCCGGUGGACCGAAGGAAAUCUCAGAUGGAGGAAGUACAGGAUGAACUCAUCCACAGACUGACCAUUGGUCGGAGUGCCGCUCAGAAGAAAUUCCAUGUGCCCCGGCAGAACGUGCCAGUUAUCAAUAUCACUUACGACUCCACACCAGAGGACGUGAAGACGUGGUUACAGUCAAAGGGAUUCAACCCUGUGACUGUCAAUAGUCUUGGAGUAUUAAAUGGUGCACAACUUUUCUCCCUCAAUAAGGAUGAAUUGAGGACAGUCUGCCCUGAAGGGGCGAGAGUCUAUAGCCAAAUCACUGUACAAAAAGCUGCAUUAGAGGAUAGCAGUGGCAGCUCCGAGUUACAAGAAAUUAUGAGAAGACGACAGGAAAAAAUCAGUGCUGCUGCUAGUGAUUCAGGAGUGGAAUCUUUUGAUGAAGGAAGCAGUCACUAAUUUGUUUGUUUGUUUUUAAACUCCAUUGUUUUUGGCAUUAUUCCAACAUGCUUUGUUUUAAGAAGCCUUGAAGGGAAUGUCAGAUUCAUUUUUCUGGGUGUAAUUUAUCGCCAUAAAAGACCCAUGCAAACCUGAGUGAGCACAGGAUUUGCUUCUAGGCGCAUUAUUUUUAUUGAAACUGAAAAAAUUUAAACUGAAUUUUUUGACCUUGGAAAAUAUUUUUUUUACUUUACCAAGGUGAAGUCUCCUUUAUUAGAUUAAUUAUUCGAUCCCCAUCCCAGGGUAUAAGCAGGAAUUGUUUUGAUGGUGGUGGCGUUCUUCACUGCAACAAAGCAACAGUAUUGUCCAUGAUUCAAAAUCUAAGCAGUUUCGAUUGUGCCUGUGAAUAUGGUGUCUGUCAUUCAGGGCGUAGCUCACUGUAGGCUAGCCUCUGCUUACUUAGGUCUCUUCUCUGACAUAAUCGAUGGAAGAAUAUUUAGAUUUAUUUAAAGUUCUUAAUGCCAACAGUUUAAAACAAUUAAAACAUUUGAAUGAACUGUAAAGUACAGCCAUACCUUGGACAUGCAAAUAUCAAUCUAUGGAGCAUUCUCAAGACAGUUUGUCGUGGCUCUGUCAAUUGCAGUUCCUUGUGUAGCUUGUAUUUUGAUUUAGUUUGUAUUCUGCUUAUUAUGUAUACUGUGUUCUUAUAUAUGAGAAAGCACAAAUGGGAAAGAGGUCAUGUCUGCUCAAAGUCUAGCAAAGGAAGUAGUCUGCAUUGGUGUGCAUUACAGUAUUUUGCUUAAUGAAAGCCUCAGUUCUGAAUGUUGAUAUAAGUAGUUAAAAGGAAAUGGGGCCAUUUUAUGUGUUUAUCUGUGUCAAGUCUUUCUGGUAUUAAGAAGCACUUAAUUUACACAUAUUUUAAUCCUGUGAAAGAGUCCACAUAGAGAAAAGAAAGAUACCUAACCUUCAACAAAUGUUAUUUUUGGAAACACAAUUUUUGUCAUUAAAUGUUAUAUUAUUUCACAUAUAUAAAACAGAUGUUAUGUAAGAAUGUUGUAUAUUUUAACAUAAAUCAUUUAGAGAAAUUAUCUAGAUUCAUUAAUUUUCAUAGUGCCUUUUUCACAUGAGUCAGCUGGAAAGUCUGCAAUAAACAGUAUUUGCUGUCUGUUAAUAA